CACACACACACACACACACACACACACUUGGAGAGCGCGCGCAAGGCAGGAAAACCUUCCCCUCCUUUUCCAAAGCUCAAGGCUGCACUUCUUGGAAGUGUAGAGAGGAGAGAGUGAGCAGGGAGCGGGCUUUUGUCUGUUGGUCUCCCUGGACUGAAGAGAAUAGAAGUCCAAGACUAUUAAGAUUCUCAAAAUGGUUUACUACCCAGAGCUCCUUGUCUGGGUCAGUCAAGGACCAUUUCCAGACAAGGAAAUGGAUGGAAGUCUUCCUAAGGGAAGAUUUCCUGUCCCAAAGGAAGUGAACCGCAAGAAAGAUGAGACCAGUGCUGCCCACCUGACUCCGCUGGGCAGCAAUGAACGCGGCUCCCCAAGUAUCAGUUACCUCCACUCUUUUUAAUCGUGACACCUCCAUUUGUAUUACAUAUGGUGUAUGGGUAUUGAUGAGGUCAUGGUAUCAUAUAUGGGAUUUUUUUCUGUGUAAAUCAUCGAGUGUAAGAAGAAACUAUGGGACUCUGAGCCUUGCUUUACAGAAUUUACAGUGGACAAACAGGUAUCAUCAAACCAGUUUUUAAUCAUCCUGACUCAAGUGAAAACGCUCAGAAUUUCACACUGUGAAUCCACGUUUACAAAUCCCUACAGAUGGGCCUUCAGGCCUGGUUCGCCACGACAAUGUCUUCCACAACUCAAACCCCUGCCGUGCUUACAUGACUGGUCCACUCUGCCUUCUCGCUCACACAGCUCCUGACUGCUUUUGUGCAGAGGCUGAGAGUCCCCAUUUUUUUUUUUUCAUUUAGAUGUAACAUGCCUAGUAGUUUAUGUUCAUCAAUUGUCUGUAUAUCUCUAUAUUUUAUCCAUGUACUCUUUUGAUGUAUAGAAGUAGUUCGAAACUCAUUGUUUCCUUGUGGUAAGUGACCGAGAUGCUGCCACAGGACCUGAGACACUGAUGAAUGGUGCUAUUUUGGACUUUCAACAUGCUCCUUGGCGAGGUAGCUCUGAUGGAGUUAUUUUUUAUUUCCAUGUUCUAAGAAGGUGUUGGUACUCUGUUUCCCUGAAUGUCGUUCUCUAGACUGGAUUGACUUGUUUCCUUGUGUCUUCAGUGUGGCUUUCUUCCUCAGUGCUGUAGGUUGAAUGAAUGCUACCGAGAGUGUGAGAGCCUGCCGUCCCACUGGCUGGCACUCCUGGACAACGCAGUCAGCGUAGCGGGAGCAAUUGCAAAACUGUAAUUUACUUACCAAAUCUCUUCCUUUCCAUAGCCUCGCCUGCCUGACUUAGAGAAAGAAAAGCAAUAAUUUUACAGGCAUUUUGAGGUGUCUCUUUGGAUUCUUUUCUGUUUGACUGGAUAUUUGGGGGAAGGGGAAGGGUACACAUUAGAAAUAAAUAAAUAAAUGUCCGAUGAUGGAUGGGGUGGGGGUGGGGUGGAGAUCCAAGGCACUGGAACUUAAGUAGGAAUAAGGAACAUGACAUACCUGACCCAAAAAUUAAGUUGGAAAAAAAAAUGUCUUUACAAGUAAUGAUGGUAAAAGGGAGAGCACUCUCUUUUGUCUGGCAGUUUUUGAUUCACAAGGUGUAGACUUUGCAAUUUUGUCCUUGCUCCUGAUGAAAUGGAUAGACAAACAAAAAUCAGAUCAGAUAAUACCAUCUACUCAUGGAAUUGUUGUUGUGUUAGCCAGUCUGAAAGCCCACCUUAAUUUUUAUACAACUGUCUUUUAGCUCUUCCUUUGACAGGGCAGGCCUUGUUCUGAACUGUUUCUCCCUUCUGACUGUUAAACACGAUGACUGCAUGCGCUACAUUUCUUUGUUCUUUCCUUGCUCCCCCAUUGGCCUGAGUUUCUUGUGUGCUCCUCCCACCCGCCCCCCCUCCUCUGUUAGAAUAAGUAUAUCAGCUGUGUAAAUAGAGCAAGAAAACAGUAUUCUGCAUCUGUGACAUUUAUGUAGAGUUGCAGUUGUGUGCUGCUGAAAAUGCAGGCUUUUGUAAACAAUGUGAUCUUUACUGAUGCACUCACAAGUACCCAAUGUAUUUUAGCUAUUUUAGUAGUAUUUGUUCAAUAAAUAUGCAAGCUGUAUGA